AUGCACGGAGAUUCCGAAGAAAUCACGGCGGAGAAUGUCCUUCAAUGGGAGGAGCCACGACUGGUCGACUUUCUUAGGGGCUGUCGACGCCGAGAGGAUGGAGAGCUCGAUGUCUCUCGAGUGCAGCGGCUUGCCGACUCGCUACCUGUCCGAGAGCAGGAAGAGUUCAACCUGAAAAUGCGCUCUGCGCUGGCUGAAGCAAUCGCCCGGCCCUUUGACCCCGAUGACCUGGUUAAGCGACUGGAAGAGGUGCCGGGUGCGCCCGAAGACAGGAAACGCAUCUUCGAGGCGUCGCUCAUAAAGGGAUUCUCACGGCCGAUGACCAGGAGCCUUACGCAUCUAAACAACAUCCCAUACGAGGAGCUGUGCUUCAACAAACUUCUCGACACACACGGGCUUCCCGCCAUGUCGCCGGACGAUUUGGCAGGUUCGGCACCACAGGAAGAGCGGGCUGGUCAGAUCGCAAUGUGGGUGGAGGGUUACGCUGGUCCCUUGGCAAAAGGUGACCUGCCGCCGCUCUAUUCUGGUCAAUUGCGGCACUGGAUGGAAUUUCAACAUAAAUGGCAAUGGGACAAUCGAGGCAAGCAUGACUCAGAAGAGGGGUUCAAUGAGCAUGUUGCCUGGAAAGUCAAGAAGCUUCGGUUCGAUAGGGACUAUGAGCAUGGUCCUCAUGACCCUGAAUGGCUCGCCCGGGAAAAGCGAAUGUGGAAUUUGGCUCGAGGGAAAAUACACAUCGAGGGCAGAUUCGGCCAGGACUUCGACGCCUACUCGUCCGCAGUUCGGGCUCGGCUAGCCCACCACGCCUGCUUCGAGCCGUCCAUUCGUCUACACGAGAACCCGCGUGAACAGGAUGCGCGGACCACGUGGGCCGAGUACCUCUGCUACCUCUACUACUGGCAAGAUCGCUACGCCGACAUCGCGGCCAGGCAGGAGAAGGAACACGAGCGCCUGUGGCUCAAGCUCGACCGCUUGUCCGCGGAGUGGGAGGUUGAGGAGAGGUUCGCCUCCUUCGCGGCCGUAACCCUCGGCAAAGCGAAGGGGGAUCUUGUGGCGAAGACGACGUCGGUGCGGGACUUUAUCAACGGGACGGCAAGGUAUCGGGAGACGAGAAAAUUGCUGGAGAGGGCAAGGUGGAGGGCGGAGUGGGCGCGGGCGCCGUUCAAGGCCAUGACCACGCCGACGGCACGGGAGGAGGCCGCCGAGGGUGCGGUUGCGACCGAGCCGAUGGCCGCGAAAGAGGAGGAGCCGAGGAAAGAUGGCAAGCGAAAGCGUGGGGGCGAGGAGGAGGAGAGGGGGGAGGAGAAAGAGGAGGAGACGCGGCCGGCAAUGAAGAGAAGAAAAAGGAGAGCGACGCCGGGGCCAGCGAACGGGACUGAGAGUGCCGAACCGCGUCGCAGCGCACGAGUCGUGGAGGCGAAGGAGAAGAAAGCUACGGGAUCGGCCAAGGCGGAACACAAAAAUACAGAGAAGGAAGCUAGUAAAUGGAAAGAGAAGGGAUGUAUCAAAGGGAAAGCAAAGACCAAGAAAAGGGCGAGGAACAAAUGA